ACCAUCUUUCGCUGCCGCUGUUCCCGCUUCUGCCGUUGAGUUGUGAGGAGCUUCGCGGCCGUCCCCACUGGCCACCAUGUCCGCCCAAGCGCAGAUGCGGGCCCUGCUGGACCAGCUCAUGGGCACGGCUCGGGACGGUUCAGUGUAUCUUUGCCUGCCUACAUCAAUCUGCAAGGGAGUUGCAGAAAAGCCUCAUGUUCAUCGAGCCGUGAGUCACAACCAAUUUCUAAGCUGUUAUAACAAAAAAGUGUUUGCUUUUUUUCCACAAGUAACUUUAAAAGUGUAGUUUAGAAAGAAAACAUUUUCAGUAAAAAGACACUACAUUAAUCCUGGAUGCUUGCAAAUCCUGAAAUAUAUUCCUCCUUGACUAUUACACAGCACUGUGUCCUCUACACAGAUUAGCCUUAAAAUUUGUCACAUACCACUUUGCCUUUACUUUUAUGUAUCAUUCCCCCUGACUUCCUUACUGCAGGUGUGGGCAAGAAAACUUUUCCUUUAAAACUUUUCAACAGCGGGCAUAAAAUUCUGCAGCUGAGUUCUUGAAGAAUGCAGAUGGGUACAGUAUGUGUUGGAGUUCACAGUGUGUAUUGACUAACCUGAUUCCUUUUUGCUUUCUUUGGUAUUGUCUUGUUAAAAGUGACUCCCAGGUGCCAACUUCCCUUUGUAAGGGUGGGGAUAAAAGGGGCAUAACAAGAAAAGGUCUAGAGAUAUUUAAGAGUCAGUGAUAGAGCUUGAAAACUUUGUCCUUCCUCUUGGCAGUUUUCGAUAAUAAAACACUGCCUAUUUGACUGCAACAAAAAGAUUAAUAAAUAGCUUUGGUUGGUGGGAAUUGCCAGCUAUAAGUCCUAUGUGGUAGAUUACCUGCUUCUUAGUUCUCAUGCCCACACUGGUUUGGGCUGAUUCCUUUUGGUACUCACUCUUCUGACUCCUUGACUUAAUGAUGGAGUUAGAUGUGAUUAAGUGUGCGCCUUCAUAAGAUACUUAGCUUGAAAAAAAUCUGCAUUCCAUUCCAAUUGUCGAUAUCUUUAGAUCAGUUUCUUUGUGUGUGAUGGGGAGAAUACAGAAAUACUAGUCUGCAAAUCAUCCGAGUGUAUUGUUUUGCCAGAUAGACUUGUGUAGUUAAUGAGAUACUACUUUAUUUAAAACCACAAAUGAAUUUCAGGAGAUGAAACCAGACAGAGGGUCAAGUUUACAGAUGACCGUGUCUGCAAGAGUCACCUUUUGGAUUGCUGCCCCCAUGACAUCCUUGCUGGGACGCGCAUGGAUUUAGGAGAAUGUACCAAAAUCCACGACCUGGCCCUCCGAGCAGAUUAUGAAAUUGCAAGUAAAGAAAGAGACCUGUUUUUUGAAUUAGAUGCAAUGGAUCACUUAGAAUCCUUCAUUGCAGAGUGUGAUCGGAGAACUGAGCUUGCCAAGAAGAGGCUGGCAGAAACUCAGGAAGAGAUCAGUGCAGAAGUUUCUGCAAAGGCAGAAAAAGUGCAUGAGUUGAAUGAAGAAAUAGGAAAACUCCUUGCUAAAGCAGAGCAGCUAGGAGCUGAAGGAAAUGUGGAUGAAUCUCAGAAGAUCCUUAUGGAAGUGGAGAAAGUUCGUGCAAAGAAAAAAGAAGCAGAGGAAGAAUAUAGAAAUUCUAUGCCUGCAUCCAGUUUUCAGCAGCAAAAGCUUCGUGUCUGCGAGGUUUGCUCAGCUUAUCUUGGUCUCCAUGACAACGACCGUCGUCUAGCAGACCACUUCGGGGGCAAGUUACACUUGGGGUUCAUCCAGAUCCGGGAGAAGCUUGAUCAGUUGAGGAAAACUGUGGCUGAAAAGCAGGAAAAGAGAAAUCAGGAUCGCUUGAGGAGAAGAGAGGAGAGAGAGCGAGAGGAGCGGCUGAGCAGGAGGUCUGGAUCAAGAACCCGUGAUCGCAGGAGGUCACGAUCUCGGGAUCGGCGACGGAGGCGAUCUAGAUCUACCUCCCGAGAGCGACGAAAGUUUUCCCGUUCCAGGUCCCGAGAUAGACACCGGCGCCAUCGCAGUCGUUCCCGGAGCCACAGCCGGGGCCACCGCCGGGCUUCCAGGGAUCGGAGUACAAAAUACAAGUUCUCCAGGGAGCGCUCAUUGAGAGAGGAAUCCUGGGAGUACGGGCGGAGUGAGCGAGGGCCCACUGACUGGAGGCUGGAGAGCUCCAAUGGCAAGACUGCAUCGCGGAGGUCGGAGGAGAAGGAGGCUGGCGAGAUCUGAACCUGGCUCUGGCACUGUAAAUAGUCUGACAAACGUUCAGCACAGCCUAAAUUACCCUUUAUAUUUGCUGGAUACAACUCAUCUUUUGUAGUUAAAAUUUCUAUUGUUUGGCCCUAGCUGUGAGUUUCUAGAGUUGUUCAGAGUUGCUCCUGUGUUUGGGGUUAUGUUGUAUAGGAACAAAUAAAUUUGACGGCUGCCUCAUGA